AUGAAUAAUGUCGCUACGUCACAAAAAUGCAUACCGGAACCAAUAUCAUAUACGAUUAAAGUUUCUGAUUAUGCUAACUUAUCAGAUUAUCGUGGAAUCGAUUUGAAUUUUUCUCAAUCACUUUCGAACUUGACGAUCAUUCAAUUUGUUCAACGUACAUAUAAUGAGACUUAUGCUCAACAACAUCAAAGUUUUUCGAAUCAAUUAAUUAAUAUGACAUAUAUUGAAACUUCAACACAAAUCAUCUAUAUUUGGUACUCGUUAUCAGGGAUGCAUAUUGCUAAUGAAACAUUUCCUCAUUUUGUUGAAGCUCACUUUUAUUCUAAAAAUGUAUCAAUACGCGAUCGAAGUAGUGAUACUUGGGAAAUAUGGUUUCAGACAGUUUGUGGAGAUCUACAGAAUAUUUCUGGAACAUUUUAG